AUGGACUCGGGCACACUUGCUGCGGUAUACUCGGGAGUGGUUUGUUCUGGUAUGGCGUAUUACAUACAAAGCAUUGUGAUUAGGGAACGAGGCCCGGUUUUUACGACCUCGUUCAGCCCUAUGUGCAUGAUCAUCACUGCCUUCCUUGGCGUGCUAGUUUUGGCUGAAAAGAUCCACCUCGGAAGUAUAAUCGGGGCGAUUUUCAUCGUGUUUGGGCUAUAUUGCGUCGUGUGGGGAAAAGCUAAGGACGAAGUGAUUUCGGUUGAGGAGAAAACAGGAUUGCAGGAGCUGCCAAUCACCAACAUCUCCACAAAGACAGAGGGUAUUGGUGGUAUUCCCAUUGCAGUAGACAAAGGUGUGGCUAACAAUACCUAAACAAAAAGACAUUGCUCUCAAAUUUUGGAAGACCAAAUUUCCAAGAAGGGAAAUUUGUUUUAUCUUACUUGUUUGUUUUAUGUUGUUUACAUUUUUAAGCUGUCUUGUGGUAAUUAUUAGAUUCAACUAUAUAUAAAAAAAUGUUGUAUAUUUUCUGUAGUUGUGUAAUCAAGGAAAUGGAAGAAAUCUUAAUUUGGUAAA